GAUACAGAAAGACAGAAAAAGAAUUACAGAGACAGAAAGAAAGAUAAACAGAGAGACAGAGAAGCAGAGACAGGCGGAGAGCAGGAUAAGGAAAGGGGAAGCCAGACAGAUAUAAAGAAGCCGAGUCUGUGCAAUUGAAGCUACAAUCCCAGAGUUCCGGAACUAUUGCCAAGAUGUCCAGAAACUUCACCGGCACCUGGAAAAUUAAGAGCAGCGAGAACUUCGAGGAGCUUCUGAAACAGCUAGACGUCAGCCUGUUGCUGAGGAAGAUCGCAGUGACUGCUGCUUCCAACCCCAGCGUGGAGAUCAAACAGGACGGAGAGAACUUCUACAUUCGCACGGCCACCCCGGUCAGGACCACAGAGAUCCGGUUCCGGGUCGGAGAGGAGUUCGACGAGCAGACUGUGGAUGGGAGGCCAUGCAAGAGUUUGGCACGAUGGAUUGGGGAGAAUAAGAUGGAAUGCGAGCAGAAAUUACUGAAAGGAGAGGGACCAAAAACCUCCUGGACCCGGGAACUCACCAGCAAUGAUGAGCUCAUUCUUACCAUGACUGCCAAUAAUGUGGUGUGCACACGCCUUUAUGUUCGAAACUGAGUCAGCGAUCAGUCUCUGAAGUGGAAAAACCAAAAAGAUGGAAACUCACCAGAACCUUCACCCCUGACCCCUAUGUCUAAACCCAUUCGUAAAACGCCAACUGGAGAUCCAGAACCAAUCCCCCCCCUCGCCAGAAUGGACUCUUCACUAUCUCCCUCUCCCCCUACCCUUCUUGCACCGCUCGUUCUCUGGAUGGACUUGACCAGAACAGACCACCUCCCAACUCUAUGCCUCUGAAUGCCCUCCCCUAGUUCCUGUUUGCCGCCUUCUGGAAUAGAUCAUCCCAUUUCCCCCAAUCCCAGAAUGACUCCUCCCAUGACUCCUUCUCCCAGGAUAAAUGGAUGGACCGCCCCAUUAGACACCCCUUUCUGUCCCGUUCCCAUUGCUCCCCUUCUCCUGAGAUGGACUUUCCCAUUUGGCCCCACUUCUGGGAUAGAUAACCCCAGAUAAAUGCUCCAAUACGCCCCUUUCCUGGGACAGACCCUUUGUAUCCCCUUGAACCCCAGGACAGACUGUCCAUUUGCCCCCUGUCCUGGGACAGACCACCCAAUUCUCCCCUCUCCUGGAACAGACCCUCCAAAUUCCCUCUCUCCUGGUGGUAUGGGGGGAGAGAGACCCUCCAAACCCCUCACCCUAGGACAGUUCCACCAAUUCCAAUCCCUCUCCAGGUGACACCCUUCAAUUCCCCUCCCUCCUGAGGGAGACCCUCUAAAUCUUCCCUCAGCUCCAGGGCAUACUCUCCAAAUUCUCUCGGUAAUGGUCUGACCUCUGGAUGGUUCUCCCAGGGGAAUGGGGAAAGACUUUUGGAUGCUCUUGGCUGUAUCCUGGCCCCGAUUUUCCCACCCACCAACACCAUUCCCCCCCCCCCCCCCAACCCCACAACCCCCCCCCCCCAAAACUCCCCGCCCUGGUAUCUUCCCCCCACCCCACCGCUGAUCCACACUAGCUGUUUGACACUGUGACCCCUCCUCAGUCCAGCAUGUGCAUCUCAGUCUCCUUUCCCUGUUACGAUCCUCUCACUGCAUGUUUCUUUUUGGUGAAAUAAAUGGUGCACCAGGCUGGUCUCCUGUCA